AUGGCCGAGCAGUUUGUGAGGAACACCAUCAGUGAUGGCAAAGUGACCGUGUUCGUGAGGGGGGGCUGCCCGUACUGCCGGAACGCUGUGGAGAUGCUCAUGUGGGUGGGGGUCUCCUCCUCCCUGUUAGACCAGCCCGUGGCUGCCCAGGAGCAGGGCAGAGACUUUUCCAACUGCUGUCUAGAAGCUCUCCUUUUUCCCGUGGUCCCCUGCGUGUUCUUUGGAACAGAAUGCAUCGGGGGAUUGCGCGACCUGAUAUCCCUGCGCAGGAACCUCCCCAGAAUACUGCAGCACAUCGGAGCCAUCCGCAGCUGA